CUUUCCCAUUUCUUUCCCGACAAAGCCAAACACGCAAAAACCCCAGCUGCAGCAGAAGAGGCACGAAAAGGAAGAAAAAGCGGGCAGGAAAGAAAGCAUCAUCGAGCAGCGAUGGGGAGCAGCACCGAUCCGACUCACAACGCGUCGGACGAGCAGCAGAAGCGGUCCGAGAUCUACACCUACGAAGCUCCCUGGCACAUCUACGCCAUGAACUGGUCCGUCCGUCGCGAUAAGAAGUACCGGCUCGCCAUCGCCAGCCUCCUCGAACAGAUCCCGAACCGAGUCGAGAUCGUCCAACUCGACGAUUCCACGGGCGAGAUCAGAUCCGACCCGAACCUCUCUUUCGAGCACCCUUACCCGCCAACCAAAACCAUCUUCAUACCCGACAAGGAAUGCUCCAAACCCGACCUCCUCGCCACCUCCGGCGAUUUCCUCCGAGUCUGGAGAGUCUGGGAGGACCGAGUCGAGAUGAAGAGCCUUCUCAAUGGUAACAAGAACAGCGAGUUCUGCGGCCCGCUUACGUCCUUUGAUUGGAACGAAGCUGAGCCGAAGCGCAUCGGGACGUCCAGCAUCGACACGACGUGCACGAUCUGGGACAUCGAGCGGGAGGCCGUCGACACGCAGCUGAUCGCCCAUGAUAAGGAGGUCUACGACAUCGCCUGGGGCGGGGUCGGCGUCUUUGCUUCUGUGUCCGCUGAUGGGUCGGUCCGUGUAUUUGAUCUGAGGGAUAAGGAGCACUCGACGAUCAUCUACGAGAGCUCGGAGCCGGACACGCCGCUGGUGCGGCUGGGGUGGAACAAGCAGGACCCACGGUACAUGGCCACGAUCAUCAUGGACAGCGCCAAGGUGGUGGUGCUUGACAUACGGUUCCCAACACUGCCGGUGGUCGAGCUGCAGCGGCACCAGUCGAGCGUCAAUGCAAUUGCUUGGGCCCCACACAGCUCGUGCCACAUAUGCACAGCGGGGGAUGACUCUCAGGCAUUGAUCUGGGACCUGUCGACGAUGGGGCAGCCGGUGGAAGGGGGGCUGGACCCGAUACUGGCGUACACGGCGGGGGCGGAGAUCGAGCAGCUGCAAUGGUCGUCUUCACAGCCGGAUUGGGUGGCAAUCGCAUUCUCAACCAAACUUCAGAUACUGAGGGUUUGAAAUGCAAAUAUAGAUAGAAACAGAAUAUCUGUAGGGCAAGGUAGAUGUUGAUUUUUGGGAGAGAGGAAGAUGGCGAUGGAGUGGGAUUUCUAGGUUCCUUUGGUUUCUUUCUUCUCUCUGGGUAUUUCUGGCAGUGUUAGAAUUGGUUAGGUGAAUGCUUCUGUUUGUGAAUUGUAGACUUUUUUUCAUCAUAAUUGCUGGUAUAUAUGACUUCUUCUACAAA